AUGCCCUUAUUCUCUCCCUCCCUCCCUCCCUCCCUCCCUCCCUCUCUGCCCCUCCUCCCACCAACGCAGAAACUUGAGAAGAAGGGAGGGGAAGAGAGCCCACUCCCUUGGCGAAUAGCCUUCUGCAGCUCCACGCUCUAUGCAGAAGUGGAGGAGCGCAGUGUUCUCCAGUUCAUCCACUACCACCGCCCCCUCCCUCCCUCCCUCCCUCCCUCCUUCCUUCCCUUGACCCAGAGGCUGGACAAGGCAGCAGAGACCCCACUGCCCUGGCGAAUAGCCUUUUGCAGCUCCACGCUUUAUGCAGAAGUGGAGGAGCGCAGUGUGCUCCAGUUCAUCCACUACCACCGCUACGCAGGCGGCUACGAACACUUUGUCCUCUACGACACUGUCGGGCUGCCCCCGUCGCUCAUGGCGAUGCUACAACCGAUGUUGGACGACGGGCUGGUCACCGUCUCUGACUUUACUCAGGCUUACCAGUUCGACGCCUGGUUCUACUCCCAGGUGCGGUGCCUCUUCGCGGGUGCAUUGCGUUCCCUCCCAGGUGCGUUGCCUGGGUACAGAUGGCUGUUCCAAUCGCUGAUGGCGAUGCUACAGCCCAUGCUGGACGAGGGACUGGUCACCGUCUCGGAUUUCACCCAGGCAUAUCAGUUCGACGCCUGGUUCUACUCCCAGGUGCGUUGCAUUGCCUCCCAGGCAGUGGCAAUGCAUGACUGCAUGUAUCGCAUGCGCACACAAGCCGACUGGGUGGCCUUCCAUGAUCUAGACGAGUACCUCGCCGUGCAGCCACCCGCAUCCCUCCCAACCAUACUCCACCGCUUCGAAUCCCUCCCGUACAUCACGCUCGGCACGUACGUGUUCUCGGCGCACAUAUGCGAGGAGGGCGGGCCGGAGGACGUGUGGAGCGACGAGGAGAGGCGGUUUGCGGUGGAAAGAAUGCUGCAGCGGCGAAAAAACCCGUACUGCCUGCGAGGGGAGGAUGAUCCCAAGGUGUGCGUCGACUACUAUGGCCACCGCAAGAUGAUCGUCAACCCCCGUAAGAACGACGGGCCGGAAGACAUGUGGAGCGAGGAGGAGAGGCGGUUUGCAGUGGAGCGCAUGCUGCAGCGGCGCAAGGCGCCGUAUUGUCUGCGCGGGGAGGAUGAUCCCAAGGUGUGCGUGGACUACUACGGCCACCGCAAGAUGAUUGUCAACCCCCGCAAGGUAGAAGCGGUGUACGUGCACCGGACAGACAAGCCGAGCACGGGAGGGGUGGAUUUAAGUAUUGACGAGAUGUACUUUGCUCACGUGCGCUCCAUCAACGGCAAGGGCGUCGCCUGCCACCCCCCCGUCGACAAGGAGAACGACCUCCAACCUGACGACCGCGAGCGCUGCACUCUUGUUGCUGACACUGCCGCCCGCGCCCGCGAGUGCGCUCAAGACGGAUUCAGCAAUCAGGUGAGCCGGUUGUGCGAGCAGGUAGGGUAA